UCCCGGGAUCUCCCACUUCCCUCGCCAGACAUCAGCCAGCAGCACAGGCGAGCGCAUCUCUCUGCAUCUUCACCGUCCACAUCGGUCUGCUCCGCUCAGAGACCUGCCUUCCUGCCUGCCUGCGCACAGCUUGGACUUUACGCAUUUCUAUCCAACUCCACACGAGGAGCGCCGAGCAGGAGAAGCCUCCGAAGCGCAGAAAAAAACGGAUCUUUUCAGUACGGUUGCCUUUCUUCCCUCUGUUGCCACAAUGUCUGAGGUGCUGCCAUACAACGAGAGCAAAAUGAACGGCUACGGCGCGGACAGCGAGGUCAGCCAGAUGUCCUUUGGCUGCGGGAUGCAGGACACAAGCGCCUUUUUCGCCUCGUCGCAGGCGAAAAGACCCCCGAAGCUCGGACAGAUCGGCAGAGCCAAGCGAGUGGUCAUCGAGGACGACCGAAUAGAUGAGGUCCUGAAGGGGAUGACGGACAAGUCUUCACCUGGCGUUUAAGCAUCAGCGAUGCCUUGCAGACUUUUUUAAUUUUCGACCACCGAUUUGAAGCACUUGUCGGCUGUGCAUGUUCGAGGAUUGCGGGAGAAAGCGGCAGCUCAACGUGAAGAUGGGGUGAUGAAGGAGAACUGAGAGGAGGCAAGCUGGAGAGGUGUGGGGAGAGAAGUGAUGUGACUCGGGGAGAAGACCAAGAUUUUUUUCGUGGGAUUGCUGGCAAUUCUCCAAACGAAUCCCAACUUAAACCACUGCGGUGCGGCAAGAUGUUGAGAUGGUAUCUCAACCUCUGCUGACUGAAAUGAAGGAUAAACAUGUCAUUACUUCAUGACCAUCUCCUGUUUUUUUUUUUUUUUUUUUUUUCCAGAAGCGCUGUAAGCAACAAAACACUGCGACUAUAGAGGGCAAAGCUUAAUCCCAGCCCUGUUUCAGUAAGUUGUACAGUAGGUAGGCUAAGCUCUCAGAUGCCCUCCCCCCCAAACGCCCUUUAGGCUUUGCUUUGCUGAUUCAGUCAGCGACAGUCCGCUCAAGGGAGCUGUCUUUCAGCACUGAUCCAAUGCAUUCCUGUUGCUGCUAAUGCUUUUUUCUAAAAACAGACCAACCAAACUCUGCAGUCUACGAAACAGACUCAUAGUAUGUAUAAAAUAUAUAUACCCGAGGAUGGUGCAAUGUUCUAUUUUCUGUAGUUGAGACCCCGUUUAUUAUUAGCAUUGGGCCGCAGAUUUAUCUGAUAGGCCACGUUCUUCUUCUUCUUCUUCUUCUUCCAUUGCCCAUCAGCAGUUGAUGGUGCAUGCAGGCACCCUCAUGUAGCUGACUUAAACCUGCACAUAUCUUUUUAUUUUUCACUCCCCUUCCCUUCUUUUCUGCAUUUCCACAUAGAGAUCCUAAAGACCAGGGGGCGGCGGGGGAAUGCGGAGAUUUCUAGUAAAUAUUUUUGAACAACGGUUUACCGAGUGGACGAGGAAACUUCACUUUAUUUUCGGGGUUCUUUGUGUUCCGUGCUCUAUGAAUUCAGAGUUUUCUCCCAUCUAUCUCUCUCUCUCUCUGCAUGAACCGUCACGACUGGUGCCAACGCAGGUGCCGCCACUCUUACCCUGGCACGCUUCUUUUUAACGAAAAUCAUAUUUGUAUUUUUAUAUCUAAAUAUUUGCUAUUUAAAUUAUAUGCUUGUCUAUCGUCUUACGGUUCAUCAACAGAAAUAUUUGUACUUCAGAGAGGAUAUACAGUAUAGACUGGGCUUUACACAAGAGGUUCUCAGAUUUUUGUUGGACUGGUCUCACUCUAUAUCAAAGGUCAGACAUUUUUUAAAGACUUACUGAAUGUGUCUGGGGUUUUUGCACACAUCAAUGUUAAACUAUUAUUACGAAAUCGUAUACUGUGACUUGAGCUUUGUUGAUGAAUUUGUUAGAAAAUGGCAGUUUUAGAGUAUAUUGCACUGUUUACGAGUAUCCUCAAAUGACACCUUGUUAUUUGACAGAUUUUUGGACAUUAAAGUUUUUAUUUUAAUUUAUUUUGUACCAUUAUUUUAAAUGAAAACUGGAUAUGGUUUGUUGUGCAUGAAACCUUAAUAUUUUCAAUAACGAAACAUUGUUUUAUGAAGCAAAAAAGCAACAAAAAUGUCAUGACAUUCUAAGAAUGAGUCAUUGUAUAUUAUGAUGCCAUUUUCACUGUAUUUGGUGAAUGAAUAAAUGGUGACAGAAAAUGUUAA